UCUUAUCAGUUUACGCGAGAACACUUCAUUAAACCGUGAUGGAUAUCCUGUUGCUUCGAUGUAAUAAUCCUAUAAUUGUGUUUGCAAAAAACUUCGUGAUUAGAAAAAUUGUGCAGUGUCAAAUAUCCAUGUGAAAGUUCGCGUAUUUCCCUCGAAACCUGCUCAAAAUGAGUUUGAAAGAUAAAAAAAUCAGGAUUACAGUAGUUGGUGAUGGUGGAAUUGGUAAAACAUCGAUGCUCAUCGCCUAUAAGGACAAAACAUUCGACGACUCCCAGUAUAUUCCCACAGUAUUCGACGUGUAUUCCAUGACGGUACCAAUAAAUCAAGAGGACUACACGAUCAUCUUAUCUGAUACAGCUGGCCAGGAGGAAUUUGACAAACUGAGGAAGUUUGCAUACAAAAACGUGGACGUAUUCAUCUUGUGCUACGCGACGAACGAAAGGAACAGCUUCGAGAACGUGAGGACUCAAUGGAACCCGGAAAUUAAGCAUUCUUGUCCCCAUGCAAAAAUUGUCCUGGCAGGAACCAAAGCUGAUGACGUCCAAAAUUCUCAAGUUCUUGAAUCAGAAGGAAAGAAAUUGGCAAAGAUCAUCAAAGCAGAUGGAUUCAUUCAAAACUCGGCCAAAAGCAGAUAUAACAUAGACGAGACCUUCGCUAAGGCCAUCAGCGUAGCCUUGAGUCCUAGGAAUUCCAUAAACCUUGAUUGCUGCAGCUUACUCUGAUUCUAACAAUUUGGAAGUAGCUAGCUUUCUGUUCCUCUAAGAGGGAUGCGUGUACUUACUUAAUCUGUGAUCUGAAGUGUUGGUUGAACAAAAUGUUGGAUUUUUUUGAAAACGAAACGUAUUGAUUAUGUGAAUAAAAAGUUACGGGCAUUUUGCCACUUGAACAAGUUUGUUCAUACUCAAUUUGUUUCAAAGUUUAUAUUGAGAUUAGUUAAUAGAUUCUCGAAAGAAUUCGGAUGUGUUCUAUCUGUUCUGGUUUGAGAUUUAGGACAGAUCUGUAUGAAGACAUGGAAUAGAAUUAAAUGAACACUUGGAAAA